GCCCCGCCCUUCCCGUCAGCCCUUGCAACCGAACUCAAGGCAGCCAUAGCCGGAAGUGGCUGCGACACUUCCGCUCCGGCGGCGUCGAGGAGCUGGACGGUUCUUCACGGCGGUUGUUGGGCCAAGGGCGGAUUCCCAGGACUGAUCUGCAGUCGAGAUCACCCGCUGUCCUACCUGCACUCCUGCCUGCUGUCCCUGACUGCAGUCACCAUGCGUCGGGGUCAGAGGAGUAAGCUCCGCGCCCGUGAGAGACGCCGCCAGGCCCAAAGUGGGACCCGGGGUCUGGCGGGUGCUCAGGCCACUCCAGCCGCCUCGUCUUCAUCUCCUCCUCCUCCUCUUGGAGUUACUACUCAGAGAAAGCUGGGUGCUAAGUCACGUAGCACUCUCAAGAGUCCUCAGAGGGCCCGAGCCACCAGCACUAAGCCUGCAGGUGUUUCUCCCAGAAGAUCAUACAAAGGAGCCAAAGGCCAAGUGGAGAAAAAGCAGAGGUCGUCUCAGGCCCCCGUCUCCGCCGUGCGGUCUCGAAAACGCCCUCUAAGGAAGACAGCGAAUGUGUUGGUGCAGUUCCUGAUGCACAUGUAUAAAAAGAAAAAGCCUGCUAUGAAAGCACAUAUGCUGAAGUUUAUCAGUAAAAAGCACCGAAAUCGAUUCCUUGAGGUCCUCAGAAGAGCUUCUUUCAGCAUGGAGGUGGUAUUUGGUAUUGACGUAAAGGAAGUGGACCCUACCAAGCAUUCUUAUACCUUUGUCAGCAAAAUGGCUCUCCCCAACAAUGGGGCCGUGAGCCGUGUCAGGGGGUUCCCCAAGACUGGUCUCCUGAUGCAUCUCCUGGGCGUGAUCCUCAUGAAGGGCAACUGCGCCACAGAGGAGACUAUCUGGGAAUUCCUGAAUAAGAUGAGAAUCUAUGCUGGGAAGAGGCACUUCCUAUUCGGGGAGCCCAAGAAGCUCAUCACCCAAGACUUGGUGAGGCUGAAGUAUUUGGAGUACCGGCAGGCGGCCAACAGCGAUCCGGCGCGCUACGAGUUCCUGUGGGGCCCGAGAGCCCACGCCGAGACCAGCAAGAUGCAAGUCCUGGAGUUCCUGGCCAAGGUCAACCACACCGUCCCCAGUGCCUUCCAGUCUUGCUAUGAAGAGGCUUUGAAAGAUGAGGAAGAGAGAGCCCACGCCAGUGGGUGUUCCGGUGUUGUGUCCAGCUCCUCCCACGCAGAACCUGGGGCAGAGCCUGUACUUCGUGGCUGAAGAGAGCAUUCAGUGUUCCAAGGAGUGUAGGGCUGGGUGUGACGGAGGGAACAGGCUGUUAAUACCCUUGUGUUCCUGUUCUGUAUGGGAAAGUGGGAAAUACGUCUGUGUUUUUGUUUUUUUGCUGUUUUUCCAACGCUACUCCUAAAUGAAAUUUUAUUUAGCGUUAUAAUGUAAGUUUAUGAAUUACAUCAGUCAUACUUACUGUCGUUUAUCAGGUAUAAGAAUAAGAGUUUUGCUGUUUUGUAAAACAGAUUGGGAGAACUUCCAUCUUGUUUAGUAAUUGGGUGGAAGAUAACG